AUGCGACUGGCUGUCACGUCAAGACCACUUGCUCCAUCGGAUCAGUACAAAUUCGAAAGGUUCCAUGACCUUGUACUGAGUGAAUGUGAGUUCAUUUAUCUUCUCCAUACCACCGACAAGAGUUCUUGGUUCUUCAUCGAUCAACUGGCACGUGCAAUCGAUGCCGGUUUCGUACCACCGGAUCGUGUACCAUGUAGUGUGAAGGAUUUGAUGGAUGAUGUCUGCCUCGCUCUACCUCAACGACUGCCCAUUUACCUUCUUGCCUCGCGGCAACCGCCACCGUUGACGUUUUUCUACGCCGUCGCUCAGCUGAUCAUACGAGAGAGCGUGCAGAUGAUUGAGCGCGAGAUUGAUGCAAUUAGCAUCGUUUUGCAAUGUACAGAUCCUCUGAUAGUUUGUGGGUCCUGGGUGGAAAUCGAUGGCGAUCUUGCACCGUAUCACACGGCAUGGGCUGAGUUCUAUAAGACGAAGCGACGCAAGACACCGCAAGAUGUAGUCGAGCUGGCUUAUCAUCUUUCACAUUCAACUGUUCCUCCAAUGGACUCCAUACGUACGCUCGCGUCGGUUGGUGCCGGUGAUCUUGUCCUGAAGUGUUCAGUAAUCGAUAUCCCAACUUCUGUGCUGCUGUCAAAGGCUGGUGCUUUGCUGCAGGACCUAUCUUUUAAUGUGAGUAUCCUUUCAUUCAUUGGAUCCAUUAGUGCAUAG